AUGACUGAGACCGAACCACCCACAAAUCCCGUGACAAAUGGACAAGAUUUCCCCAUAAAAGAGUUAUACUCUAGGAUUCAAGCCGUUAGGGAUAAAGUCAAUGAAUCCUCAAUUUCCUUAAUUUCCUCACGCGGGACUGAUCCCCCUAAUGAUAGUAGCCCUUUAGAGACGCAACCUUCUGAACUUUCCAACAACCAUUCAGCUGAACAAAUAGGAGAAAUAUUAGACGAGAAAGCUGAGAUUGAAGAAAAUGUAGCCGAUUGUCAUUGCUUAAAGAUAAAUGUAGUUCCGGGUACUGCGAAUUGCAACGACUGCGACAGAACUAUACCCAUACUGGCGGAGCUAAAUAAACAAAAGCUACAGUUGCUUGAUGAUUUGGAAGUUGCUAACAACCGAAUAAAAGAGGAGUUCGAUAAGGUGGAGAGGCAGAACGACGAAAUAGAGCAUUUGCGAAAGCAAAUAGAGGAACUAGAAGAUCAGAUCGAUUCCAAGACUGAUGAAUUUGCUGCUCUACAAAAAGACAUGGCCUACCUUAACGAAAAAUAUGUUAAUGAGAUCGACAAGGUAGCCGAGUUACAACAUUCCAAGGAUAUGGUGGAAGGUGAGCUCGAGGAGCUAAGUCGGUCACUCUUUGAGCAGGCAAACGGUAUGGUAGCUUCUGAAGCAAAGCAGCGACAUGAGUUGGAGGUUCAGCAAAAAAUCUUGGAAAAACAACUUUUGGAGACGCAAGAACGCUUGGCGGCCGAAAGUAUGCAACUCAAAGAGUUAAAAGAAAAGAUGGAACACAUGACACAAGAGCAACCACAAGCGGAAAGCAAACGUUCGAGUUCCAGCGAUCCGUCGUUCAGGGCUAGCAUUGACUUUGCAGAAUUAUUCGGACUUCGUGAGAAAUCACCGGAAGCAGCAGCGACUUUGCCGGGACCAACAGGCGAAGACGGGAUCGGCAUAGAUCCCGAGUUAAUAAGCGAAUUUAAAGAAUUUGUUGAAACGAGCAUAAAUGUUCGACUUCAAAGAAUUCACACCAUACCCUUCAUGAAACAUUGCUUGGAGGAAGAUGUGGAUGCUUGCAUGAGGUUCGGCAGCAACCUACGAGUCUCCUCUCGCAAGAUAAUUGAAGCCAUUGUUGCCAACACGUGUUUCAUCGAGGAAGCCCCUCCCGGUGCCGAAAAGGAAUUGGCCCUUAAUCUCAACUCACCCGUCCGCAACACUGCAGCAAGGCCCGCUCUGUGGGAUCGUAUUUCUGGAAAUUCAACCUAUCCAAGGAUGGGCUGCCAAUGCUGCGGUCGACCAGGUCCUUUGACAUUUCAAUAUCGUAUAACCAAUCUAGAUGAUUGGUCGCUCAUUGACCGUUAUUGUCGCGAUCGAUUGGUGGCCGUAUGUGAAUUUUAUGUAUUCAUCCGUAACGUUCGUCAAGGUCUCUACAACAACCGUACCAUAGGUGACCUAUACGCCGAAUGUUUAAGACUACGUCUACAAAUGUUCUAUGCGAGAUUAGGAGCUUUACCCUCGAUGCUUAAUACACUUGGAAUUAAGGGAACCGAGUUAGCAUCAGCCAAGAAACCCACGUACACUUUACCACAUAUGGAAGUUAAUCAUGAACACGAGGAUGACUUUUCAUCAGCAAUAUCAGGGGGCAUGGUGUUAUCCUCCCCAGCACCUCUCAGACAAUCUAGCCUUCCAAACAUAAUUCGAAACACAUUGUCGGAAGUGAUUAUGGUUGAAUCGGAUGACGCACCAAGCAAAAUUGAAGUUCCUACACAAAAAUCCGUACCGCGCCCCAGACGGGCCUUAUUUUAUGUCCCGGGCAGCGAAGAGCGCAAGAUUAAAAGUUCUUUAAACAUAUCUGCAGACAGCAUUGUAUAUGAUCUUGAAGACAGCGUCUCUUUUAACAGGAAGGGCGUCGCGAGGGAAAUGGUCUUUAACAUUUUAGAGGCUCUACCAGAUAAAUCAAACUCUGAGAGAGCAGUUCGCAUCAAUGCAGUUGGAUCGGGUUUGGAAUUGGAUGAUCUUAAUGUCAUA